AUGUAUAAAAAGGUGUUCAUAGUAAUGUUAAUAAAACUAAUAAAUAGAAAAAGUUUAUGCUUCAUUAGCAAUAAGCUAACUACAAAUUUCCGUUUUAAUGGAUUAAAAAUACCAAUUUCAACAACACGUAAUUUACAGUUAAAAUCGCAAGUUCCCGGUCAAUUACCCCAAGUUACAACUCAAACUUUAGAUAACCAUGAUAUUUCACAGAAUACAUCAAACUUACCCGAUAUAACUAAGCAAAUAUGUGACAAAUAUGAGCAAAUAAGGACAGAUAAAGUGGAACUUUUGGAGGUUGAUAAUGGAGUUUUGAAGAAAAAUUUAUGCCUGAAAACAUACUGUAAUUUGGUCAAGUACGCAAAAGAGUUAAAUACAGUUUUUGACAAAUCAACAUUCAUUGGUUGCACACUACUGGAACAAGAGAAGAAUAAAAACGAUUCAUUUGAUUAUAAUGAUGGUUCACAAAUGGGUGUUGAUAAGUGUAUUUUGCAUUUUAGAGGUUAUGAACGCGGAGAACUGCUAUGUCUUUGUUUUAGUCCAAAGUUUUUCCCUUUGAUCCCUACACCUUCGGUGCCCUACAGAAGCUUUACAGAACGUCGUUUAGAGUAUUUUGAGCAUGUGUUAUCAGGUUUAACAGGGCUUAGACUAAGUAAAAUACGCACACCAUAUCAUUUUAGGAAUGUUAUUUCCAUGGAUUUCGCUGAUGCAGUUGACUCUGAUAAGGUUAUUUACAAGUUAAUUGUGCUCUCGGACAGAACAAACAAGUUAUUAUUGGUUGAUAGCUCUGACGAGACUGUUUUGGGUUCUUCGGAAACCCUAAUUGAUCCGAAGGAUAAUCCUGUUGGUGAUAAUGGUGAAGUGGGUAGGACCUUUAGUUUACCAGUAAUAAAUAAGAAGACGCCUAGAGUUGACGAGAGCUUUGAAGAGUUUAGGCUAAAUUUUAAAAAUCUGAACAACAUGACAAUUAUCAAGGCCAUGUUGAGUGUUUAUGAAGGGAUCGACUACACUUUCUUGACAUCACUUUGUUCCAAGCUUUCAAUUGAUCCAUCUACUUUGUUCUACAGAAUCCCAGAUUUAAACUUAUUCCACUCUGAAUUUAUAAAUAAAAUACGUCAAACAAUUGAUAAUAGUGGCGGAUACAAUGAUAUGAUUGGAAUGAUAUACAAUAUAUAUGGAGGGACAAGUCCAGUUUAUAGACUUAAUAGAUUAUUGGAGAAGACAACGAAGUUGUCUGUGGAGUUUAAAGAUAAGCUAGAAAAAAUCGCAAAACAGUGUGCUGAUGACGAAAAUUACGAAAAACUUUCGAUGGUUAACGAAAAAAUUGAAAACAUUACCGAUUAUCAGAAUGCAAUCAAUGACAUUAAACUCACUAACGAUGUCAAGAAAUUACCCAAUUUGGAAGAAUUUCACGACCAAUUAUUAAUGAUAAAUGAUCUAAAGUCUUACAAAAUAUUAAAAAAGAAGAAGAAAGUCGAGAAGGUGAAAGUGUUAAAGGUUACCAAGAAGACUAAAAAGGUUGGAAAAAUAUUACACGUCCCUGUGAAUGACCGGGACGACUCUCCUAUGAUGAUUGUUGGCAAAAACGCUAAACAGAAUGAGGUGGUAACCCAUGAUAUGAGGGAGAAGGGAGAUCUUUGGCUCCACACUAAGGAUUGUCCUGGAUCUCACGUAAUCCUUAGAAAUUUUAGAAAUGACGACCAUUCUAUUCAAAUUGCAGCUGAUGUUGCUUCCUUCUUCUCCAAGUACAAACAAUUCGACAAUGUGCAGGUGAUUGUCGCAGAGAUCGACAAGGUGAAAAAGGAGAAAAAUUCUCAAAUCGGUGCUGUAACUGUUCAGGAGUUUAAAACUAUUGUUGGAAGCCCAAAACGUGGAGAUCACUUUAUUCAACAGCACAAACUUAAGUCGGCUUAG